ACAUGACAUGAGGAAUCCGUUUCGUAGCGGCUUUGCCCGGUAAAAUUUGCAGACUUUAUACCUUUAUAUAAACAUGCUUGCCAGGAGUCUGUAGUGGGACAUAUCAUCCAUACAUCAUACACACAUUACAUUACCACCUACCCAUUCAAGCUUAUCCUUACCCUUAUCCUUAUCUCUUAUCACACUACUUAUCGCUUAUCGUUAUCACCACCAUCACCAAUCAUGAAGAUUCUCACCAAGGCAGAAGAAGAGGCCCACUACGCCGAAGUCGUCAAGGGCGGCCUCAUCGGCGGAACACUCUUCCUGGGUCUCGGUCUUGGAGGCGUGUACUAUGCAUCAAAACGCUACCCAACCUUCCGAGGCCUCACCCUCCCCUUCAGAGCAUUCCUCGUGACAUCAACGGGUACAUUCGGCGCCAUCGUCAAUGCCGAGAGAUGGAGUAUCGCAUACCAGAUCGCCCAAGAUCCUAAGCGCAAUUACCAAGAUCAAGCAGCGCGCACAGCACAACUCAUCCGAGAAAAUGAGUCAGCGUAUGAGCGUUUCAAGUCAUAUGCCAAGGAGAACCGAUAUCCCAUUGUCUUCGCGUCGUGGUUGGCGUCAAUGGGUAUUGCGUUUGCGAUUGUUAGUCGACAGCCCAUGAACACGGCGAACAAGAUUGUGCAAGCUCGUGUUUAUGCGCAAGGCUUGACGUUGGCUGUGUUGUUGGUGUCUGCUGUUUUUGAGAUGAAUGAUCUUAAGAACGGUGAUAGCAGAUGGCAGACCAUUCGGGUCGUGGAUCCUAAUGAUCCCACAAAGAUCAUUGAGAAGAAGAUCCACAAGGAGGAGUAUGAGGGACAGGACCUCUGGAAGGAUAUGGUCGCUGCUGAGGAGCGAAGACUUGCUGCGAAGAAGCAAGCUGCUGGGCAUUAAAUGGAGACCAAGAUCAUUGAAUGAUCGCUAAUUUGUAUCAAAAUUUGCAUUGGGUGGUUUUGGAGUGAGAUAUCGGGUCGGGUUAUAGAUCGAACGGCGCAUUUUCUUUUGUUGUAUAGAUGAAGCAUUAACAUGGACGUGGAAUGGGAAUACCAGAAUGAUCAACUUCAAACUCUGAUUGCAAUUGGAUGAUGGUGAUAACUUCUCGAGCCCGAAGCAAGGCACUUACUUCUUAACUUCAGUUUGAACCAUGAAGCAAUCGAUAUCUCGUUCAAACCAGGUCACAUAUAAGAUGGCAAGGUUGAGACUGUCCAUCUCAUCGUUUCAAAGUCACAUCCACAUUGCUGGCGCAACAGACGUCACAGACACAGACACAUAAUUGAAACCAUUAAACAUUCGCAUUACAUUUAAAUACUAUCAUCAAUCUUCCUUAUGCGAAGGAUUAUAUCCCCAUAACCUCUUCCUCUCAGGUCCCCACCACUUGGACACAGCGUCCGCCUCAGCAGCCCACUUGGAAGCCUCCUCCCCAAAUUUAUUCCGAACAGCAUACGUCAACUGCUCAAGCGUCCACUUCUCAAGCGGCUUCUUCUCUAACGGAUCGUUCUUGAGAUCUGUGAAUCUAUAUUGUGUAGAGUCAUCGAGCGGGAUGACAAUGCGCCACGGUGCAUCUGCAGAUGUCAUUGAUAACAUGCUAGCUCCUCCAUUGAUGAUCCCAAAGUUCCAGGCGCGGCGGCCGUUGUGGGUAGCUUUAUAAGGGCGGAUGAGGGACUGGCCCUCGUAAUCGUGGAUAAGGUCCUCAGCGGCGUUUUGGUCUUUUUCGUUGAGGGAGCCUGUAUUGAUGAGAAGGUCGAGGAUGGUGGGGAGGAUGGAGAGGGAUGUUGCGUUGGCGUUGUAUUGAACGCGGGGGAUGUGAGGAUGGCGGAAUGUGAUGGGGACUCGGAAGUUGCUAACGUGGCCGUUCUCGUAGGUUCCAGUCUUGGACUUUUGAUCCUCCUUGAAAGCCUGUCCGUGAUCGCCAACAAAUACAACCAAUGUCUCGUUUGUAAGACCGUGGUCAUCAAAUGUCUGAAGCAACUCGCCUAGCCAGGCGUCGGUGAAUCGCAUCGCGUUGAGAUAGUCGUUGAACUCCGAGUGCCAGCCCAUCUUGCCCUCGGUGUUGAGAAAGUCGGUCUUCUCGAAUGAUUUUGGUACGCCCCAGGGAUGAUGAGUGGUGCUGGUGAAGUGAGAGAAGAACAUGCGCUUGCCCUUCUCCUUGACCUCCUUUAGGUAAUCCUCAAUGUGCCCCUUGAGCGUCGUCUCAGGGAAACCGAAGUAGUUGAUCUCCUCGAGUUCCUCGCCGUUCUUGCGAUCAUCUUCAAGACGGCCUCGUGUAACGAUAUGCUCAAAGCCAAUUUUGUCGUCGAACUUAUCCUGACGAUCAUAACCAUCGGUGAUAGACUGGAAGAAAGCAGGAUACCACUGCUGCUCCAAGAAAUCCUUCGACUUCUUAUCAUCCUUGAGCUUGUUAAAGAGAUUAAAGACCUGAGGAAUACAAGCCUGGUACGCAUCCGUCUCAGACUCCUCAAAGCCAUCGACAGGCAUGGACCAAGCGCCACAGUGGAUAGCAGCCAU